AUGGUGGAGAUACAAAGUAUGUAAAAAUGGUCUUCGAUUUGGAAAAAGAGGAGAUGGAAAUGUGUGGUGGUGGUGGAGAGUUUGCAAAGGGCAGGGAGCCGUAUCGUUGGCCCACGUCGACGUUGGGUUCUCGCACAAUGAAUAUGCAACGCUUCUCCACCACGAACCAGAGGAAGCGGUUUCCGGAGUUGCUCAGUUCCCACUUCCCACCCCCAAAUUUCCCGCAAUUAUUGUCUUCUUUGCCCACCUGCACUUGUCCUUUCUCUAGAAAAUCAUUUAAAUAUUGAUCUCUUCUUUAUAUCUUUUCUGCGGGAGAUACAACACCAAUUCCGGGUUUCUGACGCUCCUACUGCUCUAUUUGGAGAGAGUUUUGGUUUUAGCUUUCUGGGUUCCUCUGUAUUUAUCUUCUCUGCAAAGGGGACAGGAGAGAGAGGGAAUUGAGAUUUUUGCAGAAGUGAAAGAGUGAAAAAAAAAUGGCGGAGGAAGCAAACAGUGAAGUCACUGGGACGGCUCGUCAAGUCGUUCUCAUCUCGGCUGGGGCUAGUCACUCUGUUGCUCUUCUUACUGGCAAUGUUGUUUGCUCCUGGGGACGAGGAGAGGAUGGACAGUUGGGCCAUGGAGAUGCUGAAGAUCGACUCUCUCCUACCCAAAUGAGUGCACUUGAUGGUCAUGACAUUGUUUCUGUUAUUUGUGGAGCUGAUCAUACAAUUGCAUAUUCUGAAUCCCAAUCUCAAGUGUAUAGUUGGGGAUGGGGUGAUUUUGGACGAUUGGGUCAUGGUAACUCCAGUGACUUGUUCACUCCUCAAUCAAUCAAAGCAUUACAUGGUAUUAGGAUAAAACAAAUUGCUUGCGGAGAUAGCCAUUGCUUGGCAGUGACUAUGGAUGGGGAAGUGCAGAGUUGGGGACGGAAUCAAAAUGGUCAACUUGGUCUUGGCCACAUUGAAGAUUCAUUGGUGCCACAAAAAAUCCAAGAAUUCCAGGGGUUAUCUGUCAAAAUGGUUGCAGCUGGUGCUGAACACACAGCUGCAAUUACAAAAGAUGGCAAGCUCUAUGGUUGGGGGUGGGGACGAUAUGGGAACUUGGGUUUAGGUGACAGGAAAGAUCGAUUAGUACCUGCACAAGUUACUUCUGUGGAUGGUGAGAACAUGGUUCUAGUUGCAUGUGGAUGGCGACACACAAUAUCUGUUUCCUCAUCUGGGACCAUAUACACAUAUGGGUGGAGCAAAUAUGGUCAGCUAGGACAUGGGGACUUUGAGGAUCACCUCAUCCCUCACCAGUUGGAAUCUCUACGUGAUGAUUUUAUUUCUCAGAUAUCAGGUGGUUGGAGACACACUAUGGCACUCACUUCUGAUGGAAGACUCUUUGGCUGGGGAUGGAAUAAGUUUGGGCAGGUUGGUGUUGGUGAUAAUGUUGACCACUGCUCUCCAGUGCAAGUUAAAUUCCCAGAUGAUCAGAAAGUAGUGCAGAUCUCUUGUGGAUGGAGGCACACACUAGCUGUUACAAAGAGACAGAACCUUUUCUCUUGGGGAAGGGGUACAAAUGGACAACUUGGACAUGGAGAUCCUCUUGACCGAAAUACCCCGAAGAUCAUAGAGGCCUUGAGUGUUGAUGGAUUUAGUUGCCAACAGUUACCAUCAUCAAAGGUUGAGCCAUUAUCAGGGAAGAUGUGGGUUUCACCAUCAGAAAGAUAUGCACUUGUUCCAGAUGAAACAGCAGAUCGUUGUAGUAUAGUGGGCCAUGGCCAAUCAAAUGUUCCAGUCAAAGGAAAUGGUAAUGAUGCAAGUGUCCCAGAGAAUGAUGUCAAACGGAUGCGAAUCUAAAUUUCUGAUCUUCCCCAAGCUGCCCGAGUUACAUUUAGUCUGGUUUCAAUUUCAAGCAUUUCAUUACAUGUUGGACCAAUUGUAUCUGUUCAAAUGCUUUAUCUACUAGUGGUCUUCAGUAUCUCUGAAGAGGCUUUAUUUCCA